UCUGUCCGACAGGGAAGUGGCCUAACUUCUCGAAGCAGGUGUCUUCAGAGGAACUCAUUGGAGGCGUGAGGAGGGGAAUCUGACAUGCCGUAUUUCCCUCUGUUCCUCCUUACGGUCAUUUAAAUGUUUGCAAAAAUGGUUUCUAAGUUGACAUCUUUGCAACAGGAGCUUUUAAGUGCCUUAUUGGACUCCGGAGUUACUAAAGACGUGCUUCUUCAAGCUUUGGAGGACCUGGACCCAAGCCCGAGCGGUUAUGGAGUUAAACUAGAUAGUCUGCAGAUGUCACCGUCCAGUUGCAAACUGAAUGGGAGUGAUACGGAGUCAAAGCCGGUUUUUCAUACGCUGACCAAUGGACACAAAGGAAAGUUAUCAGGGGAUGAGGGCUCGGAGGACGGGGAUGAUUACGAUACACCGGCGAUAUUAAAAGAGCUGCAGUCUCAAAACACAGAGGAGGCAGCAGAACAGAGGGCAGAAAUCGAGCGAAUAUUGGCCCAGGACCCGUGGCGCGCGGCCCGCAUGAUCAAAGGCUACAUGCAGCAGCACAAUAUUCCGCAGCGCGAGGUGGUGGAUGUGACGGGCCUCAAUCAGUCCCACCUGUCGCAGCACCUGAAUAAAGGCACGCCGAUGAAAACGCAGAAACGCGCGGCGCUCUACACCUGGUAUGUGAGGAAACAGCGCGAGAUUUUGCGACAAUUUGACCAGACCAACCAAAGCUCUGGCAGCAACAUGUUGGACAAAGGCAAUCAGGAUCAAGUGCUACUUUUUUUCUCAGAGUUUAGUCAAUCUGGACAGGGUAUGGUGCAGCCAGGGGAUGAUGCUGGCAUUGAACCUGUUUGCAAGAAGCUUAGACGCAACCGCUUCAAAUGGGGACCUGCUUCCCAACAGAUCCUCUACCAGGCUUAUGAAAGGCAGAAAAACCCCAGUAAAGAGGAGAGGGAGGCACUGGUGGAGGAGUGUAACCGGGCUGAGUGCCUACAGAGAGGAGUAUCACCAUCCAAAGCUCAUGGGCUUGGCUCCAAUCUAGUCACAGAAGUGCGAGUCUACAACUGGUUUGCCAACAGGCGGAAGGAAGAGGCCUUUAGACAGAAGUUGGCUAUGGACGUCUACAGUGGACCAACGCACAGCAUUAACCCCCUCCUAUCUCACAGCUCUCCACAUCACCCACAGACCAGCAGCUCCCCACCAAGCAAGAUGCAAGGUGGCAGGUACAGCCAACAGGGUCCCGGCGAAGUCACUUCCUCCACAACUAUCAAUCACCAUGGCAGCAAUGCCAUGGCGACCAGCCAGUCAGUGUUACAGCAGGUCUCUCCGGGGACCCUGGACCCCAGCCACAGCCUCAUGUCACCUGAUGCCAAGAUGAUCUCGGUAUCAGGUGGAGGCCUUCCUCCUGUCAGCACACUGACCAGCAUUCACGCAUCCCACCACGCACACCAGCAGUCCCCCAACCUCAUAAUGCCCCUCUCUGGAGUAAUGGCCAUCGCACAGAGUUUGAACUCAUCGCAGGCGCAGACAGUACCCGUCAUUAACAGCGUUGCAAGCAGUCUGGCAGCAUUGCAACCGGUACAGUUCUCGCAGCAGCUGAACAGCCAUCAUCAGCAGCUUAUGCAACAUUCGCCUGGUCACAUGAGCCAGCAGCCCUUUAUGACCUCCGUCUCACACUCACACAUGUACUCACACAAGCAGGAGCCUCCCCAGUAUUCUCACCCUUCUCGAUUCCCCCCCACCAUGGUGGUGACGGAUGCCAAUAGUCUCAGUACCCUGAGCUCAAUGUCCUCCAGCAAACAGGAUGCUCCUGUAAACAAGAUGAUGCAGCUAGGGGGUCUCUCCUGGUGUCCGCUGCAAGCCUGGUGAGCAUGUACACCUGACUUUCAUGAUGCCUAGCAACAGGAGCACAUCCUCCCCAUUCCCCCUCAUCACACCUGUAUCCACGGCAACCCCUAAUAUGUGCCAACAGCACACUGGACGAUGAGUUAGUCAAUAAACCAGGGGCUGCGGUGGAUGCUGUGAGCAGACCACAAUCGAACACUGUUGGUUUGUUUUGUUUUAUCAUAAAGUGACAAGAAGAAUGGGUGUCCUAGGAUGAAUGAUCAACAAGGAGAAGAUGCCAUUUCAAGCAAAAACAUUUAGUGACAGUAUUUGAUUUCCCAGCAUGGAUGGAAAAAAAAAUUCAAUUAACAUGGGCAAUUUUGAAGAACAAAUGGAUAGGAAAUAUACGCAACAUGGUCAGAUAAAGCUACAGAUACAAAGACACACUGGAAAUACAACAGUGCUCCAAUGGAAAGACACCUAAUGUGCUUGUCAAUGGACAGAAUGGUUUGCUUUGUACAGACGGUUCCUGAAAUAGGAGCAAAAUAUGUGUCCAAGUAUUUUUAAACAUGCUCGAUAUAAUGAGAACUGCUGAUACAAUGACAAUCAUAAAUGUUAACCUAGAAGCAACAGUGAGGUUUUAUAAUGUAUGAAUUUGAUUAAAUGAAGUCUUCCUUGAGAUCAGCAUGCAUAGACAAUGUUCUGUACAGUUGGAUGUAAAUAGAAGCAAUUAUUUUAUUAUUAUUAUGUCAUUAGUCUGAAGUAUGUAAAUAUUUGUGUUAGACUAUAUGCAGUGUGUCAGUGAACACAGUUUGGAUGUGUGGCAGGGCCUGUGAAGUGACAUUUUAACUUUGCUAAUAGUAAGAUAGGAAGAUAAAUGUUAAAGCACAAUCAACAAAACAUAAUAAAAAGGACUUCAAUGGACAUAUUGAUCUUUCAACUUUGAAUAUUGGCAUUAGUGAUGUCAUUCAAAUAGAUAAGAAUCGAUUAUCUGUGCCAGCGUUCACAUGGAAUUCCAUGGCAUGACGAACCGUCAUCCAAGGAAUACUGGAUUAGCACUGAGAAACAGUCAGUCAGAGAAAGAGGUUACUCUGUCUACUCGGACAUGAAUCAUGGCGUUCCAUAAACUAAAUAUUGACCCACAUUCAAGUGGUUAUUGUCAUUGGUAAAGGAAUACAUGGUGAAAUGGAAAAGAGUCCAGAAUUGGUCCAUUGUGAUCAGUAGGAAUGUCAUUAAAGUUGGGAAAGAAGUUGUGUCAGCCAGGUGGCCAUUUCAAACAGUAUUACCUUCUAACGCAACUCUGAACUACCAGGAAGCAUUGUGAAAUAGUUUUUAUUGCAAUUGUCAAUAGUUUUUUACACAUUUACUGGCACAUUUUGAUAAACUGAAGAAUUACACAUUUCCCUUUCUGUCCUGCAUGAGAGUUUUAAUACUUUUCAAAAAGUCACUUCAAAGUUUUUUUUUUUACAUUGUUGACUAUGUACCCACUGCCAGUUGAGCUGAGGCUACAGUGCUGGUGUAUUCUCCUGUUUUAUGGUGGAUUUAUACAAAAUGUGAUUCUCUCCUCAUUGUAUUAUUUUUGUAUAAAAUGAAAUCAAUCUUUUAAAAUCAUUAUUUAUGCUUUAUGGAAAAAAAAGUUGAUGUCGAAGUAAAUAAUUUUUCUCCAAGAUUGAUAAUAGUGCUCUGUCUCUGUUUACUCCUAUAGAAUCAGAUGGUAAUACCAUAUGGUACUUUGAUAUAUAACAUUCUGUAUGAUUACAUAUUCAUUUUACAUAGUAUUUACAUGCUACUCUACGUACUCUUUUUAGUUCUCCAUCUUCUAGUAUCCUAUA